AACCUUUAAACAAGAAGAGAAACCAAUAUUAAUCAAUUAUUUAAUAAAGAAAAAGUGAAGUGAAAUAGUAGACUGCGCAAUAAAGAACAAUUUACAUUUGAAAAAUAAUUUGAAGAUACUUCAAUAUGCAGAUCUUCGUGAAGACAUUAACUGGCAAGACCAUCACAUUGGAGGUUGAACCCUCUGAUACCAUUGAAAAUGUUAAAGCCAAGAUUCAAGAUAAAGAAGGCAUUCCUCCAGAUCAACAACGUUUGAUCUUUGCCGGUAAACAGCUGGAAGAUGGACGUACCUUGUCCGAUUAUAAUAUCCAAAAGGAAUCUACACUUCAUUUGGUUCUUCGUCUACGUGGUGGCAUGCAAAUCUUUGUAAAAACAUUGACUGGUAAAACCAUCACCUUGGAGGUUGAGCCUUCUGAUACCAUUGAAAAUGUUAAAGCCAAAAUUCAAGACAAAGAAGGAAUCCCACCAGACCAACAGCGAUUGAUUUUCGCUGGCAAGCAGCUUGAAGACGGGCGAACAUUGUCUGAUUACAAUAUUCAAAAAGAAUCUACAUUGCAUUUGGUAUUGCGCCUUCGUGGUGGCAUGCAAAUAUUCGUUAAGACAUUAACGGGAAAAACUAUUACACUGGAAGUUGAACCUUCUGAUACUAUAGAAAAUGUUAAGGCCAAAAUUCAAGACAAAGAAGGUAUUCCCCCAGAUCAACAGCGUUUGAUUUUCGCUGGCAAGCAAUUGGAAGACGGACGUACAUUGUCCGACUAUAACAUUCAAAAAGAAUCUACACUACAUUUGGUCCUACGUCUACGUGGUGGUAUGCAAAUCUUCGUCAAGACCUUGACUGGCAAAACCAUCACCCUCGAAGUCGAGCCUUCGGACACCAUCGAAAACGUGAAAGCCAAGAUUCAAGACAAGGAAGGCAUUCCCCCAGACCAACAGCGUUUGAUUUUCGCCGGCAAGCAGUUGGAAGAUGGUCGUACAUUGUCCGAUUACAACAUCCAAAAGGAGUCGACCCUGCAUUUGGUUUUGCGUCUACGUGGUGGUAUGCAAAUUUUCGUUAAGACUUUGACUGGUAAAACCAUCACUUUGGAAGUCGAACCAUCCGACACCAUCGAAAAUGUCAAGGCCAAAAUCCAGGAUAAGGAAGGUAUUCCUCCAGACCAACAGCGUUUGAUCUUCGCCGGCAAGCAGUUGGAAGAUGGUCGUACAUUGUCCGACUACAACAUUCAGAAGGAGUCUACCCUCCAUUUAGUUUUGCGUCUCCGUGGUGGUAUGCAAAUCUUCGUCAAGACCUUGACAGGCAAAACCAUCACAUUGGAAGUCGAACCAUCCGACACCAUCGAAAACGUCAAGGCCAAAAUCCAGGAUAAGGAAGGUAUUCCUCCAGACCAACAGCGUUUGAUCUUCGCCGGCAAGCAGUUGGAAGAUGGUCGUACAUUGUCCGACUACAACAUUCAAAAAGAAUCCACUCUUCAUUUGGUACUCCGUCUCCGUGGUGGUAUGCAAAUCUUCGUCAAGACCUUGACAGGCAAAACCAUCACCCUCGAAGUCGAACCAUCCGACACCAUCGAAAAUGUCAAAGCCAAAAUCCAGGAUAAGGAAGGUAUUCCCCCAGACCAACAGCGGUUGAUCUUCGCCGGCAAGCAGUUGGAAGAUGGUCGUACAUUGUCCGACUACAACAUCCAGAAGGAGUCUACCCUCCAUUUAGUUUUGCGUCUCCGUGGUGGUAUGCAAAUCUUCGUCAAGACCUUGACAGGCAAAACCAUCACUUUGGAAGUCGAACCAUCCGACACCAUCGAAAAUGUCAAAGCCAAAAUCCAGGAUAAGGAAGGUAUUCCUCCAGACCAACAGCGUUUGAUCUUCGCCGGCAAGCAGUUGGAAGAUGGUCGUACAUUGUCCGACUACAACAUUCAGAAGGAGUCUACCCUGCAUUUGGUUUUGCGUCUCCGUGGUGGUAUGCAAAUCUUCGUCAAGACCUUGACAGGCAAAACCAUCACAUUGGAAGUCGAACCCUCCGAUACCAUCGAAAACGUCAAAGCCAAGAUUCAAGACAAGGAAGGUAUUCCGCCAGAUCAGCAACGUUUGAUUUUUGCUGGCAAGCAAUUGGAAGACGGACGUACGCUUUCCGAUUAUAACAUUCAAAAAGAAUCCACUCUUCAUUUGGUACUCCGUCUCCGUGGUGGUAUGCAAAUCUUCGUCAAGACCUUGACAGGCAAAACCAUCACCCUCGAAGUCGAACCAUCCGACACCAUCGAAAAUGUCAAAGCCAAAAUCCAGGAUAAGGAAGGUAUUCCCCCAGACCAACAGCGGUUGAUCUUCGCCGGCAAGCAGUUGGAAGAUGGUCGUACAUUGUCCGACUACAACAUCCAGAAGGAGUCUACCCUCCAUUUAGUUUUGCGUCUCCGUGGUGGUAUGCAAAUCUUCGUCAAGACCUUGACAGGCAAAACCAUCACAUUGGAAGUCGAACCCUCCGAUACCAUCGAAAAUGUCAAGGCCAAAAUCCAGGAUAAGGAAGGUAUUCCCCCAGACCAACAGCGUUUGAUCUUCGCCGGCAAGCAGUUGGAAGAUGGUCGUACAUUGUCCGACUACAACAUCCAGAAGGAGUCUACCCUCCAUUUAGUUUUGCGUCUACGUGGUGGUAUGCAAAUCUUCGUCAAGACCUUGACUGGCAAAACCAUCACCCUCGAAGUCGAGCCUUCGGACACCAUAGAAAACGUGAAGGCCAAGAUUCAAGACAAGGAAGGUAUUCCCCCAGAUCAGCAACGUUUGAUCUUUGCCGGUAAGCAGUUGGAAGAUGGUCGUACAUUGUCCGACUACAACAUCCAGAAAGAGUCUACCCUGCAUUUAGUCCUUCGCCUUCGUGGUGGUAUGCAAAUUUUCGUCAAGACCCUGACUGGAAAAACCAUCACAUUGGAAGUCGAACCCUCCGACACCAUCGAAAACGUCAAAGCCAAGAUUCAAGACAAGGAAGGUAUUCCUCCAGAUCAGCAACGAUUGAUUUUUGCUGGCAAGCAAUUGGAAGACGGACGUACGCUUUCCGAUUAUAACAUCCAAAAAGAGUCCACUCUUCAUUUGGUACUCCGUCUCCGUGGUGGUAUGCAGAUUUUCGUCAAGACUUUGACCGGUAAAACUAUCACUUUGGAAGUUGAGCCAUCGGAUACUAUUGAAAACGUUAAAGCCAAAAUCCAAGACAAAGAAGGUAUUCCCCCAGACCAACAGCGUUUGAUUUUCGCCGGUAAGCAGUUGGAAGAUGGUCGUACAUUGUCCGACUACAACAUCCAGAAGGAGUCUACCCUCCAUUUAGUUUUGCGUCUCCGUGGUGGUAUGCAAAUCUUCGUCAAGACCCUGACCGGAAAAACCAUCACUUUAGAAGUCGAACCAUCCGAUACCAUUGAAAACGUUAAAGCUAAGAUUCAAGACAAGGAAGGUAUUCCCCCAGAUCAGCAACGUUUGAUCUUCGCUGGUAAACAGUUGGAAGAUGGUCGUACAUUGUCAGAUUAUAAUAUCCAGAAAGAAUCGACCCUCCACUUGGUACUCCGUCUCCGUGGUGGCAUGCAAAUCUUCGUCAAGACCCUGACUGGAAAAACCAUCACUUUAGAAGUCGAACCAUCCGACACUAUUGAAAACGUUAAAGCUAAGAUUCAAGACAAGGAAGGUAUUCCCCCAGAUCAGCAACGUUUGAUCUUUGCUGGUAAACAGUUGGAAGAUGGUCGUACAUUGUCAGAUUAUAAUAUCCAGAAAGAAUCGACCCUCCACUUGGUACUCCGUCUUCGUGGUGGUAUGCAAAUCUUCGUCAAGACCUUGACAGGCAAAACCAUCACAUUGGAAGUCGAACCAUCCGAUACUAUCGAAAAUGUGAAAGCUAAAAUUCAAGAUAAAGAAGGCAUUCCCCCAGACCAACAACGCUUAAUCUUCGCCGGCAAGCAAUUGGAAGAUGGUCGCACUUUGUCCGACUAUAACAUCCAGAAAGAAUCUACCCUCCAUUUAGUCCUUCGUCUACGUGGUGGUAUGCAAAUUUUCGUCAAGACUUUGACUGGAAAGACAAUUACGUUGGAAGUGGAACCCUCUGAUACCAUAGAAAAUGUCAAGGCCAAAAUUCAAGAUAAAGAAGGCAUUCCCCCAGAUCAGCAACGUUUGAUCUUUGCCGGCAAACAGUUGGAAGAUGGUCGCACAUUGUCGGACUACAACAUCCAGAAGGAAUCAACACUCCAUUUGGUGCUUCGUCUUCGCGGAGGCGCAUUCUAAAUUACUUUUGUGUAUUCAAGAAAUAAAUAUCAAAUAGUAUUCGAUUAA